AUGGCGAACGCGUCCAAGGCGGCCGCGCCAUCCCCCCUCGGCCCCGGCGUCAAGGACGCAGCCCCCGACACCGCAGCAGACACCGCGCCGAUGAAUCCCGACUCCGUCGCGUGGCCACGCUCCGUCCCACCGACCGCGAACAAUGGCGGCAGGAAGAAAUGGCGGCUCAGCGACCUGCUCCUGUUCCGGAGGCUAUCGGCCAAAGGACGCGCCGGCGGCAGCACCAUCAGCAGGGAGCCGGUGUUCAAGUACUCGCCGGUGCAACAUCUGGGCACGCCGGUCAAGAAGACGGAACCCGUGGGUGCCACUGCCAAUGGCGACGCCUCGGCGGGCGGGAAGCAGAAGAAGCAGGGCAAGUACGGGGCAACGGCCGGGGCAGAAGACGGCGCAGCGCGGCCCGGGCUGAGCCUGAUGGGGUGCGUCCGGCUGAACCCCGGGCUGCACCGGCUCGCCAAGGGCCUCAACGUGUCCUCCACGUCGCACUUCGGCCGCCGCACCGCCAGGGCGGCCAUGCACAGCGGGUAA